AUGUCCAGGCCUUCAUCCCUAACCGUGGAGGCUGUCCAGCUGGAUGAUGAGGGUAUUUACAGGUGUAGGGUCGAUUUUAAGAACUCACCCACAAGGAAUUUUCAGAUACGACUCAAUGUUGUCGUACCACCACAUCAGUUGCUGCUGUACGACGAAGCCGGUCGAGAUUUGGCAGGUGUCGUGGGGCCCUUAGAAGAGGGUGGUAACUUUACGUUACUCUGCGAACUUAGAGGUGGCCGCCCUCAACCAACACUAUCCUGGCUCAUCAAUAGCACACCCGUUGAUGACCACAUCAUCCUGAAAAAUGAUGGCAAAGUUAUCAUCAGUAAAAUCAGCGUAAGUGGCGCUGAACGAAGCUGGCUGAAUAGCACAGUGAGAUGUCAGGCGACGAACACAGCGCUGUUGAGUCCACACGAACGCACCGCUAGGGUGGAAAUGAAUUUGCGACCAACAUCAGUAUCAAUAAUAGAGAAGCCUGGCCAGCUAUCUGCAGACUCUGAAGUUACACUGGUCUGCAUCACACAUGGCAGUAGACCACCAGCCCAGGUCACAUGGUAUCGAGAGAACAGGAAAUAUACUAGAGGAAAGCACAGCGAGUACAUCAACGACACGUCUACUGUUAGUAAACUCAGCAUGUUACCGCAACCAGAAGACGAUGGUACAACAAUAAGGUGUCGAGCUGAUAAUCCGAUACUCAGAGUCGCUUUGGAAGACUCAUUUAAAAUGGGCGUUGUUUACAGGCCGGUCGUAACUAUGUCCCUGGGCAGCACCCUCAACCCGAAUGAUAUAAAGGAAGGCGACGACGUAUACUUUGAGUGCAACAUAAAAUCCAAUCCUAAAGAGCACCGCAUCUCAUGGUAUCAUAACGAUGAAUCAGUCAGCCAGAACAUGUCUUCUGGGGUCUUCAUUAGUACCAAGUCGUUGGUACUCCAGCGAGUAACGAGACAAGACGUUGGUUUAUAUUCAUGCAGGGCAGCCAAUCAAAUUGGGGAAACCACCAGUCAGUCCGUGUACUUGAGAGUGCAAUAUGCGCCAACUUGUGCUCAGUCCACACCAGUAAUAAUUGGAGCAAGACUUGACGAGUCUCUCCGUGUGAGGUGUACAGUCAGCGCUGACCCGGCCGAUGUGGCAUUUUACUGGCAGUUCAAUAACAGUGGGGAAAGCUUUCAAGUCUCUCCUGCUAGAUAUGUAGCUACUGGUGGUACCGCAAGCGAGUUAAGAUAUCGAGCGGCCAGCGAAAGGGACUACGGCGCGUUACUAUGCAGAGCUACAAACACCGUGGGCACGCAGCAUAAGCCUUGUGUCUUCCAAAUUGUUCCUGCUGCUCGGCCCUCGUCGCCACGGAACUGCACAGCCAAACGCAUUGUAUCAAAGGAUGUGUUCCUAUCAGUGAGGUGUUUAGCAGGAUACGAUGGUGGGUUACACCAGCACUUUCUACUGGAAGCAGUCGGUGACAACAGCAGGGUGCUUGCUAAUGUCACUACUGGGAAGGACGACCUGGUGGUAUUAUUGAACAUCAGCUGGUCGGUAUUGGAAACCCUGACUGAAGACGAAGUGUUAACAGUCAGCGCGCGUAAUACCAAGGGCGUGUCAGACCCAGUAAUGCUGAGUGAAUUGGUCUUCAAAGAUGCUGCCAAGCAAACAGAGGAAACGGAUCGUGUAAUAGCGAAGUUUCCACUCGCUGCUGCGUUUGCUGGUUCUGCUGCUGUUGUCACUGCUAUUGGAGCCAUCAUAGCGCUUGUCUUUAAGAAGCGUCACGAAUCUUCAACAACGAGCAAGAGGCCAUGUCAAAGUGUGGUGCAGGUUGACGCCCAGGGUCGACGCUACCUUAUAGCCUAUCCCACGACACACAGCCAGGAGAAAAUGGAGACUAAACCGGAUAUACUAAACCCCAAACACAGUGAAGCUGAGGGUCCCCGAGUGGUUCUAGAAUCCAGUGACAACACAAGUUACAUCAUCCGAGAAGCGAACCCACUGCCUCACUCCACUUGUCUGCCGCACACACCACACGGCGAUAUGGUAUUGCAAAUGUUUGUUCCUCGCUUUGUUCCACCAGUUAGGUAUUAA